CUCCGUAGCUAGUUGUUGCUCGUCCGAGGCUCGAACGGUGAUUGAGUAUAAUGGCGACGCGUACACUCUGACUUGAGUCCACGGUGCAGUCUGGAGCCAACAAAGGGAACCGUUUGGAUUUCUUUUUUUUUUUUUUUUUUGUUCUGGGGCUGCUCUGCCGAAAACAGCGAGCAGGCUAAGCGGCCACGGAAAGAAGAACAUUCGCCCUCAGUGACGAGGAGGGAGCCAGGAGGAAUUGCACUGUUAGCAUUGCUAUCUGUAGCAUUGCGCUUCGCUAGCUUGCUAAGUUGAAGAGGUGGCUUCAAUGUGUGUGAACUGGAGAAGCGGUGAAAACUGACAAGUUGGAUUUGUGCAAACUGAAAAAUGUGUUUACGGAAUAGCGUGUUUGCAUAAUUUAGAUUUCCCCCCUCUCGGCGACCCCAUCCAGCAAGUAUUGAUUUGUAGACAACGUUAGCUUGUAGUUUUUGUUUUAUUAUUAUUGUAAAGGAUCCAGCACCCUCCUUCCUUGGGUUAGCCAGCAGGCUAGCUUUUUGUGGAUUUUUUUUUUCUCUCUCUCUCUCCCUUCCUCGGCUUCUUUUCCUGUCUGGACUCGCUUUUACCUCACCGGGAAACUGCCUACCCAGCUCUCUAGACAGCUUGCUAGCAUAAAGCUGCUAGCUCGCUAACUUGUAAAAAAAGAAAAAAAAAAUUGCUUUUAUUUUUUUUCGAGCCCCUUUUUGUAAAUGACCACCGGCAGGAACAACCGGGCGAUGAUGGAAGGAGUCGGAGCCAGAGUGGUCCGCGGACCCGACUGGAAGUGGGGGAAGCAGGACGGCGGAGAGGGGCACGUCGGCACCGUCAGGAGUUUCGAAAGUCCAGAAGAAGUGGUCGUUGUUUGGGAUAACGGAACUGCUGCCAACUACCGCUGCUCCGGAGCUUAUGACAUACGGAUAUUAGACAGCGCUCCAACAGGGAUCAAGCAUGACGGAACCAUGUGUGACACCUGCCGUCAGCAGCCAAUCAUCGGGAUUCGCUGGAAAUGUGCCGAGUGCACCAACUAUGACCUCUGCACAACCUGUUACCAUGGAGACAAGCAUCACCUGAGACACCGAUUCUACAGGAUCACCACGCCGGGCAGCGAGAGAGUUCUUCUGGAGUCACGUCGCAAGUCGAAGAAAAUUACAGCCCGGGGGAUCUUUGCGGGCGGCAGAGUGGUCAGAGGUGUGGACUGGCAAUGGGAAGACCAAGAUGGAGGCAACGCGAGGAGGGGAAAGGUGACAGAGAUCCAGGACUGGAGUGCGGCCAGCCCCCACAGCGCCGCCUACGUGCUUUGGGACAACGGGGCCAAGAACCUGUACAGGGUCGGCUUCGAGGGAAUGUCGGAUCUGAAAUGUGUCCAGGAUGCCAAAGGAGGCUCGUUUUACAGAGACCACUGUCCUGUUUUAGGUGAGCAGAACGGAAACAGAAAUCCGGGCGGUCUCCAGAUCGGAGACCUGGUCAACAUCGAUCUGGAUCUAGAGAUCGUCCAGUCCCUGCAGCACGGCCACGGGGGAUGGACCGACGGCAUGUUUGAGACCCUGACCACCACGGGCACCGUGUGCGGCAUCGACGAGGACCACGACAUCGUGGUUCAGUACCCCAGUGGCAACAGGUGGACCUUUAACCCAGCCGUGCUGACGAAGGCCAACGUGAUGCGGAGCGGCGAAGUCGCGGCCGGCGCAGAGGGAGGGAGCUCCCAGUUUCACGUGGGCGACCUGGUCCAGAUCUGCUACGACAUCGACCGCAUCAAGCUGCUGCAAAGAGGCCACGGGGAGUGGGCCGAGGCCAUGCUGCCCACCCUGGGCAAGGUGGGCCGCGUGCAGCAGAUCUACUCUGACAGCGACCUGAAGGUGGAGGUCUGCGGCACUUCCUGGACGUACAAUCCUGCGGCUGUCACCAAGAUCGCCCCCUCCGGCUCCGCUGUCAGCAACGCCUCCGGAGAGCGUUUGUCUCAGUUGUUGAAGAAACUAUUCGAGACGCAAGAGUCUGGGGACAUCAACGAGGAGCUGGUCAAAGCCGCGGCUAACGGGGACCUGGCUAAAGUGGAGGACAUUUUGAAGAGGCCUGAUGUGGAUGUGAACGGACAGUGUGCGGGACACACUGCGAUGCAGGCGGCCAGUCAGAACGGUCACGUGGACGUCCUAAAGCUGCUGCUCAAACACAGCGUGGACCUGGAGGCCGAGGAUAAAGACGGCGAUCGGGCGGUGCACCACGCGGCGUUCGGCGACGAGGGCUCCGUCAUCGAGGUGCUCCACAGGGGCGGGGCCGACUUGAACGCCAGGAACAAGCGGAGGCAGACGCCGUUGCACAUCGCAGUCAACAAGGGCCAUCUGCAGGUGGUCAAGACCUUGCUGGACUUCGGCUGCCACCCCAGCCUUCAGGACUCGGAAGGCGACACGCCUCUGCACGACGCGAUCAGCAAGAAAAGAGACGACAUGCUGUCGGUGCUGCUGGAGGCCGGCGCAGACGUCACCAUCACCAACAACAACGGCUUCAACGCCCUGCAUCACGCCGCCCUGCGAGGGAACCCCAGCGCCAUGCGCGUGCUGCUGUCCAAACUGCCGAGGCCGUGGAUCGUAGACGAGAAGAAGGACGACGGUUACACCGCCCUGCAUCUGGCCGCGCUCAACAACCACGUGGAGGUGGCCGAGCUUUUGGUGCACCAGGGCAGCGCCAGCUUAGACAUUCAGAACGUGAACCAGCAGACGGCAUUGCACCUCGCGGUGGAGCGCCAGCACACCCAGAUCGUCCGGCUGCUGGUGCGGGCGGAGGCCAAGCUGGACGUGCAGGACAAGGACGGGGACACGCCGCUACACGAGGCGCUGCGUCACCACACGCUGUCCCAGUUGCGGCAGCUCCAGGACAUGCAGGAUGUCAGCAAAGUGGAGCCCUGGGAACCCUCCAAGAACACAUUAAUCAUGGGCCUGGGCACCCAGGGGGCAGAGAAGAAGAGCGCGGCGUCCAUCGCCUGCUUCCUGGCAGCAAAUGGAGCGGACCUGACCAUUCGCAACAAAAAGGGCCAGUCCCCUCUGGACCUCUGUCCGGACCCCAGCCUGUGUAAGGCCUUGGCCAAAUGUCACAAGGAGAAGAGCAGCGGCCAGGUGGACACCCGCAGCCCGUCUCUGAACAGCAACAUCGAGUCCCUGGAGGAGUGCAUGGUCUGCUCGGACAUGAAGAGAGACACGCUGUUCGGGCCCUGCGGACACAUCGCGACCUGCUCGCUCUGCUCGCCGCGGGUCAAGAAGUGUCUCAUCUGUAAGGAGCAGGUCCAGUCCAGGACAAAGAUUGAGGAGUGCGUAGUCUGCUCUGACAAAAAGGCAGCCGUGCUGUUCCAGCCCUGCGGUCACAUGUGCGCUUGUGAGAACUGUGCCAGCCUCAUGAAGAAGUGCGUACAGUGCCGGGCUGUGGUGGAACGCCGCACCCCCUUUGUCCUCUGCUGCGGAGGGAAAGGUAUGGAGGAUGAUGCCGCUGAUCAUGAUGAUGAUGAUGAUGAUGAUGAUGAUGAUGACCUUACAGGGAGCUCUAACACUAUGGCAGGGGGAUCCCAGGAUCUUCUCCAGCCCAACAAUCUGGCACUAAGUUGGUCCAGCGGGAACAUCCCAGCCCUGCAGAGAGACAAAGAUAACACUAACGUCAACGCUGAUGUGCAGAAGCUACAGCAACAGCUUCAAGACAUCAAGGAGCAGACCAUGUGUCCGGUGUGUCUGGACCGACUGAAGAACAUGAUCUUCAUGUGCGGCCACGGCACCUGCCAGCUGUGCGGCGACCGGAUGAGCGAGUGCCCCAUCUGCCGCAAGGCCAUCGAGCGCCGGAUCCUCCUUUACUAGAGCGCCUCCUUUUUAUCCACGCCCGCUAAUCGCCACAUCCACACCAGCUGAGCAGCCGAGGCGGCCAGCCACGUCUUAACACUAAAGUACAAACGCUCGGUUAGGUGACCGUGUUUCAGAAUGGAGCUUGUGUUACAAAGAAACUGGUCACUUUUUGCUGUUUUUUUUUUUUUUUGUCUCUGUAUGUUUUCAGUGCAGCCCGACUGAUGCUUAUCCUGCAGGAAUCAUACUUUUCUUAAGUUUUCUUCCACAGUCCUCUCCUCUCCCUGCAGUUAUCUGUGUGUUUUUAUUUCUUUCUUUCUUGAUUUUUCUUUUUCAAGAGACUGAAGUUCAGAUUCAGAUCAAUCUUCCUCUGGACAAACUUAGAGUAAACUCACGACAAGAGGAGGUCUGUCUCUCUUUUUUCCUUGUUGAUGUAAAGUUCUCAUUGCAUGGGUCACAGUCAGUGACAGCUGCCGUCAGGUUCCCCCCCCACCCCCAAGUGUGUUAAAAAAAAAAUCUUUAUGCAAACGUGUUGGGGUCAGAAGGUCCAGAUGUGGACUUCAUUUUUCAUGACAGUAUGAAACGUUUUGAGGUUUUCAGUUCGACGCGAUGCUUUAUAUUACCCUGACUGUCCUCCCAGCAGGAGACCAAACGGUUGGCAGUUUUUGCACUUAGAAAGAAAGAGGCCGACUUCAGCUGAGUGAUGCAACGUGGACACUUUUAAGCCUGGCUGUCCGCAGGUAGCACGCUCCAGCAUGUUUACCAGGCUGGGACGACGACAGUGUUGGCGGUUUACCGGACUCGAAACGCACCAUCCUAUUCAGCUUUCUGUCCUGUGAGCAGCCUGUGUCGUAACCUUUUUUUUUGCACACAAGUGUGACGCAAAAACGUUUCUGCAGAACAAGCAACCCCUGACGCAACCCCCUCCACGUCAAAACUGUUGAAAUCGAAAAGCGAGCACCGCUGGUUUGCCGCUCCCGCCGAGUCCGUGCCACCUCGCUUCCAGAGGUCUUUUUAUCACGACACGAGCGCGCACCUCGACAAAUUAGAAUAUCGUUGACAAGUACAUUCGUUUUCAGCAAUUCAGUUGGGGGGGAAAAAAAAGGUCCGACCUGCAUGUCCUUUUUAUUUAUUGCACAUUUUUAAAGAGUCAAUUUUGAUGAUUAUGGCUAAAAGCAAAUCAAAACCCAAAAUUCAGUUAGAUUACAUAUUUUUAAAUCAGAAAAGUCGCCCUACAGGAAAGUACAUCAAUGUGCUCAACUCGGUCAGAGCUCCUUUUGCAUAAAUUAUUGCAUCAGUGGUAGUUAGGAUGGGGGUGUUAAUCUCUUGUCUGCUCCAUAGUUUGGCUAAGAGGUUGCUGCCUUUUCACUUGUAGUUGUUUACCCUUCCUCUAGGGGGCGUCAACAACUAUCUGCUGACAAAGUGCCAAGUCAUCCGUCUUCCCCAUGACUGUGUAGUGUUGUGUAACCCAUGAUAACGAAAAGUGAUAAAACUGUUCCCCGUGCACCAUCUAGCAGUGUUUUUUUCCUUCCACUCAACUUUCCAUUAAUAUGGCAGCAGUUUGUAAAUACCUAGCUUAUUCAGCCAAUGCAUUUUUGGUGCAUCACUCUGCUUUUGGAGGACGUCAAUAACAAGUCUGCUGCACGACUGUCCAGUAAGCAGCCUUCAAUGGCCAUAACAGCAGCAUCGAUUGGUAAUUGCUAUCAGUUUUAAUAGGCAGUGUUCAAUUCUCCUGAGACACCCUGUGGGUUUUCAUUAGCUGCAAGUCAUAAUCAUCAAAAGUAGUAGAAGUUAACACUUUAAGUGCAUUGAAAGGAUAUAAGUUUCCCUUUUUUUGUAAUUGAAUUAGUGAAAUAAAUAACGUUUUUCAUCGAUAUUCUAAUUUACUGAGAUGCGGCUGUAUGUAUGUGUGUAUGGGGAUUAGGUGCUCCUGGUCUCACAUUCAUUUUUUUUUUUUUUUUAAGAAAAAGAUUUAUUUAAGUGUUUUCCAUUUUCUCAGAAUUAUCCUUUAUCAAGCAUAGAGAGAACAAUCUAUAAUAAUAAUUAAAAAAAAGCGUGGAAUAAUUUAUUUUGUAUCUUUGCCCUAAGGUUAGGAUUUUUAGGUGUCACUGCCUUCCGACUAUGUAGCCUCAAAGUCUCAGACAUUCUGCUUUGAUAUUCAUGUUGAAAUAUGUGAUGUACUUUGGUUGACAAUAGCUCUGUAGCAGUUAUCAGUACAAGUGUUCUUUUUUUUUUUUGUUUCUUUUCUUUUUUGCUGAAGUAGGUCUGCGUAAGUUCAUCUGCGUCACGGGAAAAUGAAACACGUUCGUGCUGUUCAAGGUGUGAAGCGACUUCUCCCGCCAGUGUUUUAGUUUUUGUCGUCUCUUUAAGAGCUCGGCGUCCAUCCCGGCGGACUCUCCGCCAACUGGCUUCUCCUAAUAAGCGGGACAUUCGCGACCACAAACAGAGUGUUGUUUUUUUUUUUUAUGUUUCGUUAGGACUUAAAGCAAAUUCUGACUACAGUUUUCGAUUGUUUUUUUCUUUCUUCGAUGAAGCGUUAAGCUAGAAGCACUAAUAUGCUUUGUUGUAGUAUUGUCAUACAAUGGUUGUUAUAAAAACAUUUGAAAUAUUA